AUGAUUAAACAAGUAUUUAAAUCAUUUCCGGACAAUAAACCAAUAUCAGGAUUAUGUAUAGUAGAAGAUAUUACGAAAUGCCCAACAGGAUAUAAUCCCAUAUCAAAAACACAUGAUCAAGAUUCAGAUGCUGAUUUACAUAUGCAGUCAUGGAAAGAGUCUGUGUUUAUUGGCAGAAAAAUUACAAGAUAUCUAUGUUUAUCUAAGACAGAAGGGAUUUCAGAUUACAUUGUAGUAAAUAUAAAUAUAAUAAAUGAAAAAGAAUGUCCUCCUGAUGGCUAUUGUUUAAUCCCCAGAACUAUUGACAGUGAUCAAAAAGCCUGGCGAAAACGACAAUUAUGUUACAAAUUAUCUCGAAAAAGUCUAGCUUCACAUGCUAUUACUGAUAUUAUACUAUUAAGUCGAUCAAAGAAAGCACCAGAUGGUUUUAAUUUAGUUGGGGAUUUAAAUGGCUUAACACUUUGUUAUAAGACUAGCCCUCAAUCUCCAGAUGUGCCAUUACCAUCAUUGACUUAUGGAUUAACGCCAACACUGUCAACAGAAAACAUUCCAAACAGUAAUGGAUCCUUAAGUUCACUUCCCAGUUUAGAAUCUAGUGCUCAUGUAUUAUCCCAUGAUUAUGAUAGACUAAUGUCAUUAAAACCUACACGACCAGCACCGAAAUUACCUCCAACAUAUUCAUCUUCUAAUUAUUCUACAUUAAAUUCUUAUCAAGGGUUAGAAGGUAUUCCAUUUAUAUUGAAUCAAAAUAUUUCUGUGGAACAUAAGUCUAUUUUUAAGGAUAUACCAGAGAUUAAAAUAAAAACACCCAAAGACCUUGAUUUAGAGUACAACUACAGUUUUGAACAAGAACGACAAGUGUGA